UCAAGCAAUGAGAGACAGUUGAAUUACAGAAGACAAGAGGCAUCAAGAGUCAGAGGUACAAGACACGAAACACUUAUUAAGAGAUAUGGAAAAAUGGAAAGUGACUCGCAGUUACAAGAUAUAGGAGCAUAA